UACGUUGCACCAGAAGUCUUACGCAAGCAGUAUGGUCCAGAAGCAGAUGUUUGGAGUGCUGGAGUGAUUCUUUACAAUCUGUUAAGUGGAGUGCCUCCAUUUUGGGCAGAGAGCGAGCAAGGGAUAUUUGAAGAAGUAUUACAUGGUGACCUAGACUUUUCAACAGACCCAUGGCCUAGUAUUUCUGAAGGUGCCAAAGAUUUAGUAAGGAAAAUGCUUAUUCGAGAUCCCAAAAGGCGGAUAUCUGCACAUGAUGUUUUGUGUGAGUUUUUAUCACUGGUUUGCUUUCAUAAUUACAAUUUUUGUGUUUGACCUGUGUUGCUACUGAAAUUAAAGGGUUGCAAUUAUUGUUGAGCAAAGCUUUUUGGAAAAGCAUCUGUUAUUCAUUUCAGCUGCUUUAUAAAUAAUUAUU